GAGAAAGAAGGGAUGAAAGGCAAACCUCCCCCUACAUUGCUUGGCACAAUGCCUUUGUUUUGCUUGGCAUGGAGGGCAACAGCAACAAAGGAAGGAACGCCAGAGGCCAAAAUGAGUGUGUGCUUCUCUUCGGAGCACUACGGCAUUGGCUUGCAGCGCGCACCUAAUUGGGAGGCUCCUGUGAAUGAGAAGCGCUGCCUGGCCGAAGCGCAGCUAUAAAAGCCUGGGAAGGGAGGCAGGCAGGCAUCGCCAAGGCAGAGGCAGAGGAUCCACAUAAGUCCCUUGUGGCUGACAGGUUCCUCAACGCCUCUCCCAAGCCCAAAGAGGGAAAGCAGAAUUUGGAAAUAUGUGGCUGUUUGAGAAAAUCCGUGGAUCGGUGGAGAACGGGGCCUCGCGGGGCAACGACUCGGCAGACAAGCAGUCCAAAGGCCCGCUCUACAGCAAUGUCCUGACGCCCGAUAAGAUCCCAGACUUCUUCAUUCCUCCCAAGCUUUCAACUGUGCCUCCCGAAGUUGAGGGGGCAGAAGGAAAGUCCAAGGCCCACAUGGGCACCUCGGCCUCUGAGCAGAACAUCUCAACCGGCAAGCCGCAACGGAGCCCGCGCUUGCCAACAAAGGCCGCCUCAGAGAGCAAGAACCUCCUGAAGGCCGCCAGCCGACACAUCAUCCAGAUCGAGAGCGCUGACGAGUGGAUGUCCGAGGAGGACUUUAGCACCAAUGCGGACCCCCAGUCCCAGACAGCUAUGUCGCUGCCCUACGUGCCAAAGGCCCAGACCUCCUAUGGCUUUGCCACCUUGAUGGAAAGCCCCCACACACGGCGGAAGGAGUCACUGUUUCAUAGUGAGCACACCAGCCUUUGCCCCUCGCAGUCCACCUCACCCAGCUCCCAGCGGCGGUCAUCACCCUCGGCUGGGAACAAGACCAAUGGCGAGAGCGCCCACCUCAACCCCUUAGACAUCAGCAUGUCCCUUAUGAAUCCGUACCGCUACUUCAGUGGCGGGGAGAGUGACACCUGCUCCUCGGCCGAGUCAUCCCCUUUCGGCUCACCGCUGCUCUCGCGGUCAGUCUCCCUGCUCAAGAUUUUCAGCCAAGAAAGCCAGUCCAAAGUCAUUAAGCUGAAGCACUCGGUGGCCCGCAACAGUUCCCUCUCCACUGACGACAGUUCAGCUGAUACCAGCCCCAGUUCACAGCGGCGCAUGCGAUCUGCCACCCCACCGACGGCGGGUGCGGCAGGUGGUACACAGUCACAGGCCGUCCCACCGGCAGACACCCAAGAGCGUCUCCACAAAGAGCAUAUCAUCAGCCUGAACAAAGGGGGCAGCAUGCGGCUCACAGCCGAGUACAACCCCUCCAAUGCCCGCCUGCGGAUCCGGGUGGUCACGGCCGAAGACCUCUAUGACAAGCACUGCGAUGCGCGGAGCAUCAACUGCUGUGUGGCUCUCUACCUGAACCCAGGCAAGGUGCAGAAGCAGCGCAGCACCAUCAUCAAGAACAGCCGGAACCCCAUCUUCAACGAGGAUUUCUUCUUCGAUGGCUUGGGGGUCAGGAACGUGAAGAAGAUGUCUCUCAAAAUCAAGGUGGUCAACAAAGGCAGCAGCCUCAAGCGGGACACCCUCAUGGGCGAGAAGGAGCUCCCGCUGACUUCCUUGCUCCCGUUUAAAUAGACUUCCUCUGUGAAUGGCUCUUUCGACCCCCACAUGCCCCCCUCGUCUCACCUUGGAUGGUUGCUUUCCCUUCCUUACCUUGUACAUAGGAAAGGGGGUUGUAUGUUUCUGCAAUGGCCUGACCCACCAUGGCCAAUGGGCCUUUCCCCAACACCGUUGUUGCAUGCAAAAGGGCAGGGUGGGGAGGGGACCCCAAAAAACCUUAGCGCAGAAUCUCAACGGCUUGCAGCGGUGUGAGGGCCCCUUUAUUGUAAGGGAGGGCAGGGGCUAUGCUUGCUUGCUAGGUACCACAUCUUGCACUAUGUUGAGCUGAUCCAUUUGGGCACUUACCAGAGCAUGUCAACGGGAAAAUCGCUCCAACCAAGCAGAUAGGACGGCAAGUGGGCAAGCAUCCCUUAAACUGGGAUUCACAUCUGUAACCACGUGCCAAUCCAGCCAGCCACUCUUGGGACAUCUUUAAUUCUAAACAGGAAAAGGUGGUUGCCUUAUGCUGGUGUCCAGGGAUGGCUGGAAUGCCUGCUUAUAAUAAGACUAGCAGGCCUAUUCAUUAUAAGGGCUGCCCCUUAUUUUAGGACCAGGAAGUUUGCCCCUCCGAGGGCUGGUAGAUAUUAUAAGGGGUAUAAUUUUUUAAGACUGAAAAGUAUUUCCUUUAUGAAAAUGACAUACCUCCCAAAACCCAUGCGGGCAGAAAUAAGGGCUUGAAUUCUGCAGAGCAAUGCAUGGCUUAGCUAAGCUAACCGAAAAACUAUUAUUUCCCUUCCAGCUUCUGAGCAGCGUCAGCCCUGCAUGGCAUGAAUGCGGGCUGCCCCAGAUUGCGGUUCAGAAAACCUGGCCAGUGUUAGGGCUGCGUGUCGCAGAUCCCAUCAUCCACCGCCAGCUGGAUGGCCUUUUAUGGAAUGCUGGGCUGUCUAUGGACCUGCCAAGGAAAGAGAGAAACCCCUUUCGGGGAGAGGGAGAGAAUACAGUCCAGGCUGAGUUUUCCAGGCUGUAUGGCCAUGUUACAGAAGCAUUCUCUCCUGAUGUUUCGCCCACAUCAAUUGCAACAUUCACACUUGCCUCAGACAAGAGUUCUUUCUCCCACCCUGGGCAUUCCACAGAUAUAUAAACCUCACUUGCCUAGUUUCCAACAGACCUCACAACCUCUAAGGAUGCCUGCCAUACAUGUGGGCGAAUCAUCAGGAGAGAAUGCUUCUCUCCUGAUACAGCCCAGAAAACUCACAGCAACCCAAUACAGUCAUUAUUUGAUGCACUUCUUUGCAUGGGUCUGAAACCUGUUGGGGUGUCUCUACAUUGCAGACCAGACUCUCAACAAUUCGGCGGCAGCUAGGGGCCAACAUUAAAAACAGGCCAAACCUUUAUUGGCCGUAGAGAGGUUUUUGGUGCCUCGGCAAACUGCAACUCCCAGAGUUUCCAUAGCAAAAUGGUGCCAAACUGCCUUUGUUAAUGUCGAAGUAAUGUCAUUUGAACUGCCAUGGCUCCAUGCCAUGGAGUCCUGGGAGGCAGAGGGCCUUGGAAAACAACAACUCUCAUUAUUCCCAUAUCAUGGCACCCAAAGCGGUGUCAAAUGGCAUUCAUUCUACAAUGUAGAUCAGACAUGGACAAACUUUCUAACUUGGGAACUAUAUGCCAGCGCUCCCUGCUAAGAGGACUGGUUGCCCAGUGAUGGAUGCAUGGAUGGAAGGAAGGAAAGAGAGAAGAA